AUUGUUGAACAUCGGCGAGACGGAGCCCGCCGACAACGAUGUGUUGCUUUUUCGGAUUCGUCAUCAGGCCAGCAUGCAAAGGUCUCACAGCGAAUCCGACAGACAAAAGGAGAAAAUCUUCUUAGAGACUUGGAAAUGUUGAGAGACCGUGCUGAGUACUUCGCAAGGCAAAACCGUCAUAUUAAUUCGUUGGAUGGCAUAGGUUUUGGGCAGAACAAACGGUUUGACACUCUCAAUGGUGUAUCUUUCGGAGGCCAAAAAAGAAACUUCGACGAAAUCGACCGCAGUGGAUUCGACCGGUUCAUCAAAAAGAACUUCGACGAGAUUGACCGCAGUGGAUUCGACAGGUUCAUCAAAAAGAACUUCGACGAGAUCGAUCGUAGUGCUUUUAGUAGUUUCGUGAAACGCCCCAGCAAGGUGCCAACGACCAAUUUGGAAUAGACGGCGACUCUGCACGCGCACGCACACACACGCACUCCCAAAUACACUUACAUACGUCAUGAUAAUAACAAUAACAAAAAUAAUAUAUUAUAAUACACUCACUAAAACUCGUAUAGACAUUGCCGACAUAGUUAAAGUAUAUGUAUAGUUUAGGUAUUAUAAAAGGAAAACGCGUAUUGCCAUUACUAGAUUAGUUACUAUAUUCCACUGCAUAGCAUUACGAUAUUAUUUAAUAAUAAUUAUGGAUAUGAAAAUAUAGCCAAUCAUAACAAUAUGUCAUUAUGUAUAAUAACGAUCAUCUGGAGUCCGCAUCACAUCAUUUAUGUCGUUGUUUGGACAAAUGCGCGCGUGCCAUUUUACCGGUAUAUAUCCCACCUUAUAUACCUUAAAUCUAUAAAUAUGUACUGUAGAAAUGGAAUUGAAUCCGUUAGUAAGCAUUUUAAAGAGUAAAUUUUAUUUUAAUUUUUGACGUGGAUUAGUCGUCAAAUAAAAAUAAAAAAAAAAACAAAUAAAAACAAAAAAACUAAACAAUACAUUAUAUUGAAUUUUUUCUAUUUUUUUUUUCAUAGUUCUGUUUGUGAAUCUCAUCAACUAUAUAGUCAUUAUUAUGAAUUUGUAACAGAUAAUAAUAUAAUACAUACACAUAGAUACAUAAUAAUAUGUAUGUUACCGUUAAUAUAUAAUUACAUUACUUUAUAUAAUAAUUCUAUGUAUUUGAAUCUCUGAAAAUGUAUUAAAUUUUAUUAGUUCAUAAAACA